CGCCAUCUUGUAUUUUAGAGUAAUUUUACUUUCUUUUUGUUAGUGUACUUCGUAAAUUACUCAUUUAUUAGUGUCUAUAUUUAAAUUACCUGGAUAUAUUACAAAUGACAUUUUAACUGGUAACGAUUUUCUAAUAAUACACGACGUAAUAAAAGCACAUUUAUCCAUAGAUUAUCAGUAAGGAAGUAGGCAUAAACAGUGCUGCGGAAAAUCACGUAAACAAAUUAUGACUGGAACAUACCGGUGUGUUCCUUUUGUAUCACAGAAAUAAUAACAUUACAGCAGAAAUGACUGAGGAAGUACUGGAUCAGUUCGGAAUGAACGAAUCUAAUAUAAAAUAUAUAAUACAAAAACUCAAAAGUUUAUGUCAAAAUACCCAAUUCUGUGGUAUUUGCCUCGCGAAUGAUGAAAAUCUGUGGACUAUAGAUACAGAAUUUGAUAUAGUCAUGAAUAAUAAUUCGCAUAAAAAACUAAUUAAGGAUAUCGUGUACUAUGUUUUUAAAGGAGAUGCUAAAAAUAUCUUAGCAAGUCCUUUCAUUUGCAGUCACUGCUCACAAAAUGUAAUACAAUGCUAUCUAUUCAUUUACAAUACUAUAAAAUCAUCUGAAAUACUUAAUAAAUAUAUCGAAGACUUGUCUAUAAAGAUUACAGAUUUAAAUAAUCAAUUAACAUCUGAUGGAGAGUGUGAAAAUUCAAAUGUUCUAAUAGUAUUACAAGAAAAUGAAGAUAUAGAUAAAUAUGUAGAUAUAAGAGCUGUAACUGAAGUUGUUGCAAUAGAAUCUUCGUCUAAUAAUAUAGAAAAUGCUGAAACAAAUACAAUAUAUGAAAAUAACAAAAAAUCAGAUGCAAUCAAGGUAAAUAUAAUACAAGAAAUAAAAUUAGGUUCACAAUUGAAGAAAAGAAAACUAAAGAGAUUGAAAAACAGAAUUUACAAAUGCAUGAAAUGUAAAAGAGUCAUAUCUACUACAAAGAAGUGGUUGCAACACGAGAGGGUGUGCCAAAUUUCAAGAAGAACGGAAAAAAUACAACCGUUGCAAUGCAAAAUAUGUUAUGAAGUAUUAAAGACAAAAAGACUUCUAUCGUUGCAUUACAAGAUACACAAUAAAGCCAGAUGUAGACUCUGUUUUAACAUUAUGCCAGAAGAAAAUUUUCUGGAGCAUUUAAAACUGAACCACGAAGAUGAUAUAUAUGAAUGCGAAGUCUGCGAUCGCAUAUUAUAUUCAUCUUUAGCUCUAGAAACGCAUAUGAAGAAAAAACAUGGCGAUCCACAAUGUAUCAUGUGUUUAAAACAUUUUAAAGAAGCAGACUUAAAGGUUCACAAGUGUAAAUAUGGAUGUUUAGACUGCAGAGAGGUGCCGUGUAUGCAUUAUAAAUAUUUAGUCUCCUAUAGAGAACAAAUGAUGAACGAAGCUACUAAAAUUAUGUGUUUAGAUUGUGACUACAUAUGUCCAAAAAGAGAAGCGUUGCUUGGACAUGUGAAUCGUGAACAUUUAGAUCACCAUCCCUUCACAUGUGCGCAUUGUUCUCAGCAAUUUUAUUCGAAAGUUACAUUAAGGAAUCACUUAAAUCGCUUCCAUAGAGAAAACUUUAUGUGCCAGUUUUGCGAUUUGGACUUUAAAAUUAAGGCCACGUUUGACGAACACGUUGAAAUCUGCAAAUGGAUCAAACGGCAAUACAAAUGCGAUGUAUGCACAUCCUCGUUUCACACUGAAGAGCAAUUGUCGAAUCACAAAAAUACUAAACACGCUGUAGGUGUAUAUCCUUGCAAUUUAUGUAAUAAACAAUUUUACACAAUACUAAAAUUAAAAGAACACAUGUUCAGAAUACACAAUGGUAUACAGUUGAAAAGAAGAAGAACCAAUUUGGAGUGUCCGAUGUGUGGAAUUAAGUUUGAUGCUAAAAAGGAAUUGAUGCAUCAUAUAGCAACCCACGGACCUGACGCUAGAUUCCCUUGUAAAAUUUGCAACGUUGAUUUUGACGAUAUAAAAAAACUACACGCACACAGCCGCAUGCAUUGCGAUGACGUCAUCAAAUGUACUGAUUGUAACAAGCAUAUAACAACAGCAUUUUUUCCACAACACAUGAUUUAUUGUAAUGUAAAUAAGAACACUGAUAGUCAAUACGAAUGUGAGACUUGCGGUAAAACGUUGCAAACAGAAUCAAUGUUAAAAUUGCAUAGACAAGCUCAUUUAGAGCCCGUAGAGUGUCCAAUCUGUAGAAAAUUAAUAAAACCAAUUUAUUUAAAGAGACAUUUAAAGUACACGCAUACACAGAAGAGAGUGAAACCGAAAAAGAACCUAAAGGUAGUGAAAUGCGAUUGGUGCGGACAUAUGGUAACUAGGAAAGGGGAGCUGGAGUCGCACGUUAACAGGUUCCAUUUGAAAAUAAAGCCUUACGAGUGUAACAUGUGUAAGAAGACAUUCUGUGGGAAGGAACGACUGAAAGAGCACAUCCAGACUCAUUCCACACAAAACACGAGAUACUGCACCAUCUGUGGGAAGAAAUACGCGAACAGCGUGUGUUUGAAGAUGCAUCAACGUAUACAUUCAGGUGUUACGCCGUAUGAAUGUGAUGUAUGCGGAGAGAAAUUCAGAUCAUCAAGUAUAAUGAAUACGCAUAAAAUAAAGAAACAUACAGAAAAAACUAUACGUUGUCCAUUGUGUGACACAAUGUUUUAUUUGGCUAGGGAGAUGAGGAAUCAUUUUAAGAAAGUUCAUUGGAAGAAUAAGGAUAAGAAAUUUGAUCCGCGUGAUGUGAAAGAGCUGGGAAAGGAAUAUUAUUAUUUAUUCGAAGAUAAAAGGCAACCAAAAGUAGAUGAGAAUGAAUUGGUGCUGUAUUAA